UCUUUCUUUCUUUCUUUCUUUCUUUCUUUCUUUCACUGUUAUCUGUCAGCUGUAGUUUUCGGCUUCAUUUGUCUCCGUUAAAGUCGUGACUUGAGAUCUGGGCUGCGGUUUAUGUUUAGUGGUGAAUAAACAGGAAGGAAACACAACAGGGCACAGCAUGUUGGAGAGACUCUUCUUGACGUGGAGACAACUGGCCUGCUUUUUUUUUCUUUCUUUCUUUGAAUGAAAUAAUAACAGAAACAUUAGAUAAAAAUUUUUAUACAUGUUUAAUAGCGUAUGAUAUAUUGAAGACAAAAUAAAUGCCUGGAUAUUGCUUUAGAUAUAUAUAUAUAUAUGACUAAGAUGACUCCUUUAAAGGUGGGCACUUUUCUUGUUGGUUUUGCUCAAACGUCUAGAUCAUGCGUGAAGAGUUAUGGAUUGUGAGAAGUUUGUGCUGUCGAGGCUGUAGAUCACCUCCCAGCCUUGUGCACUUUCUUCAGGCCGUACGUCCUCAACCUGAAUUACGCCUUUGAUUAUUCAGGCUCUGAGUUAAGUUUUAAAAUGACUUCAUCAGAUAACGAUGAAACCGGGAGUGACGUAUCGGAGUCUCUGGAGGCCACCGAUUUUCAAGGCCAAUAUGGUGACUCGGGGAGUUACUACAAAUCCAAAAGUUUACCGGUCCUCAACGGAGGCUGUCCUGCAGCUGACAAGGCUUUGGAACCGAAGCUUCCGUCGACAUUAACUUCAAUCCAUACAGACCGAGUUGUAUUUAGUGGGAUGCAGGGAAAAAGUGACUCCAGUCAGCUGGACUCUCCGUCUCAAACAGACUUCUCGCCGUCCAGCAUGUCCAGCAUGGUGGGUCUGAGCGGCUCUAUGAGAACCGCCGGCAGCAGGGCUGGGGGCAAAAAAAAAGGGUUCUCUUUAUCAAGGAUUGUGGGAUUCCCAGCGAGGAAGUACGUCAGGGUGAUUCUGGCAGACUCGAGGUGUUUCCUGUUCUGUAUGUGCUACCUGACCUUCAUCCAGUCGCUGAUGGUUUCAGGUUACCUGAGCAGUGUGAUCACCACCAUCGAGAAGCGGUACAGCCUGAGGAGCUCUGAGUCAGGACUGUUGGUGAGCUGCUUCGAUAUUGGAAGCCUGCUUGUUGUGGUGUUCAUCAGCUACUUUGGGGGUCGGGGGCAAAGGCCGCGCUGGCUGGCUGUUGGUGGCGUUUUGAUAGCCGUAGGGGCGGCGCUGUUCUCCCUUCCCCACUUCAUCUCGCCCCCGUACCAGAUCCAGCAAGUGAACUCGUCUACAGGAAACGAGGGCCUCUGCUUGAACGGGAAUGCCAGCAGCAGAGACGGCUUGGGCGUCUCAUCGUGCCCAAGGGACCAGGAGGGCAAGGAGCAUUCUGUCUACGUAGCACUUUUCAUCUGCGCCCAGAUUCUCGUGGGAAUGGGGUCUACACCUAUCUACACUCUCGGCCCGACCUACUUGGAUGACAACGUGAAGAAGGAGAACGCCUCGCUUUACCUGGCUAUCAUGUAUGUAAUGGGCGCUCUGGGUCCUGCAGCCGGGUAUCUCCUAGGAGGCGUCCUCAUUGGCUUUUACGUGGAUCCCAAAACCGUAGUUAAUAUUGACCAGAAUGACCCUCACUUUGUCGGCAACUGGUGGAGCGGCUUUCUGCUCUGCGCCAUCGCCAUGCUGUUGGUGAUUUUCCCCAUGUUCGCCUUCCCCAAGAAACUUCCCCCUCGCCACAAAAAGAAGAAGAAGAAAAAGCUCGGCGCUGACGAUGACCCGACCAGCGAGGACGACGUCAUGAAGGAGAAAUCCAACAGCAAAAGUCAAACCGUGACCUCCUCCAUGGGCUUCGGGAAGGACAUCAAAGAGCUCCCCAAGGCGGCCGUCAGGAUCCUGAGCAACAUGACCUUCCUGUUCGUGAGUCUCUCCUACACGGCCGAGAGCGCCAUCGUCACCGCUUUCAUCACCUUCAUCCCCAAGUUCAUCGAGUCCCAGUUCGGGAUCCCUGCCUCCAACGCCAGCAUCUACACAGGUGUGAUUAUCGUCCCCAGUGCUGGUGUGGGGAUCGUGCUGGGCGGCUACAUCAUCAAGAAACUGAAGCUCGGGGCUCGCGAGUCGGCCAAGCUGGCGAUGAUCUGCAGCGGCGUGUCACUGCUGUGCUUUUCCACGCUCUUCAUCGUGGGCUGUGAGAGCAUCAACCUGGGAGGCAUCAACAUCCCAUAUACCACAGGGCCGACUCUGACGCUGACUCACAGGAACCUGACAGGGAGCUGCAACGUGAACUGUGGCUGUAAGAUAAACGAGUACGCGCCGGUCUGCGGCUCUGACGGCAUCACCUACUUUAACCCCUGCCUGGCCGGCUGCAGCGCCGUCGGGAACGACAGCACAGGGAUCAGGAACUACACAGACUGUGCAUGUGUACAGAGUAGGCAGGUCAUCACUCCUCCCUCCGGUGGUCAAGGCGGUCAGCUCCAGCUGGUCAUCGUGAAGACGUACCUGAACGAGAAUGGUUUCGCCGUGUCUGGGAAGUGUGACCGCACCUGCAACACACUCAUCCCCUUCCUCAUCUUCCUCUUCAUCGUCACUCUCAUCACCGCCUGCGCGCAGCCCUCCGCCAUCAUCGUCACUCUCAGGUCAGUAGAGGAGCAGGAAAGGCCGUUCGCUUUAGGAAUGCAGUUCGUGUUGCUGAGAACGCUCGCCUAUAUACCAACCCCUAUCUACUUCGGCGCUGUGAUCGACACUACAUGCAUGCUGUGGCAGCAGGACUGCGGCGUGCACGGCUCGUGCUGGGAGUACGACGUCACCUCCUUCCGCUUCGUCUACUUCGGCCUGGCCGCCAGCCUCAAAUUCGUCGGGUUCGUCUUCAUCUUCCUCACCUGGUACUCCAUCAAAUGUAAGGAGGAUCGGCUGGAGCGCCGGCGCCCGAGUCUGCCUCCUCUCGGCACGGUGAGCGAGCUCGUGUGUCGAGCGGGUGGCCACAAGUGCCACGCACGUACCCGCUCGUGCCCGGCGUUUACGCUCGAUCCGACACCGCUUCAUCACGGCCUCAGCAGCCAAAGCUGCCCGGGAAACGCGCUGAAAGCAAUAACGCCCCCGGUGCGCCCCGUGCAGGAGGCCCACUCCCACCCCCACGUCUGAGGUCUAACUCCAUCCUCUCCUCGUGCCUUCCUCGACUGGGUACAGACGUUCAGCUGAGGCCCUGCUGAGUAUCACAGCUGUUUUUAAGGUUCUCAUCAGCGCAUAUCUUCAGAAAAAAAAGUACUUGUCGAAGUGUGCAUUGUACAUUGUAAAAGACAUCAUAUGGUGCUAAGUGGGUUUGGGGGAAGGGGUGGGGGUCAUUCCUUUUCUUCAGUAUCAUGUCUUGGAUCUCAAGAUUAAGACUAUCAAAACUUCACCACAAGCACAAAUGGGAAUCUGUUCUAUGCAAGCUCUGCCGCUAUGCCCCUCUGAGUAAAGCUUUCUGUCGAGUAUCUCUGAAUUCAGCCAACAUUCAAUACCAGAGGCCAUUAUCUCUCUCUCUCUGUCUUUUCUUCUCUCUCUCUCUCUCUCUCUCUCUCUCUCUCUCUCUCUCUCUCUCUCUCUCUCUCACUCACUCAAAUCUCUCUUUUGAAUUUUGCCUCCGAGUUCCUUCAGGCGUUUGGCCAGUAUUGGAGAUAGAAGUGUAGUUUGCUGGAAUUUUCCAGCCAUGAGGCCCCUCAGGGUUCAGCACCGUGGCCCGUUAAAGGAUCGGGCGGGGGUUGGGGGUUGAAAUACGUCUCAAGCGAACUCUUAUCAUUCCUCAUCGUCCUUAUGUGAUCGGAAUAGGUAGAAAUCCAGAAUAAAUUUUUAAAAAAAAUGCUAAACCUAUACGAAACUUUGAGCUCACUGAGAUGCGCUGCUCGAAUUCCUCCGGUUCCUUCACACGGACCCUGCUCUGCUUCUAUAAUAUCUGAUCUGACCGCCGCAUGGUUCAAUCCCAGCAGGCCUGGCCAUUGCUCUCACGCUGCUACUGCUACUGCUGCUGAGCCUGAGCACUUUAGCGCUUUAGCAAUAGUGUUACGAAACCGACGGCAGCACCUGCAGAGUAUUUCGAUACCGAGUAGGUUUCGAUCCGUCCUCAGACGGUUACCGGCGUCACCACAUCUGGCACUUAGACAUAGAUGUAUAUUCACAGUUAGAAAUAGUCUCGGAAAAUACUCGUUUCCAGAGGGCAAUAUGAUAAUCUCUAUAACAAGCCGACAGGUAUUACAUUAAACGCCUACGGAAAAGAUAUAAACCUCUAUCCUCUGAUGCUGCAUCAUUUUUGCAUAAUAUAAUGUAGUUCAUUAGGAAUUUAGGAUGGGUAAGCACAGCAUGCUGGAAAUGAAACCUGUCCCAAUCUAAAUUUCAAUCCAUGGAUUAAUAAAAAUUCAAUCUCUCUCUCUCUCUCUCUCUCUCUCUCUC